UUCACAUAACCACGAAAUAAAACAGUCCAGUCAUCAUUCAUCCAUUGUGAGAUGCGGAGCUGAUUUUUUUUUCGGAAAUUUAAUUUUUUUUUCGGAAAUUUAAUUUUUUUUUGUUCCCCUAAAUUUCGAAAAUGUCCGUCUCAUCCUCCACCGAAGGGGACAAGUUGGUCCGUAUUUUACGCGAAAGAAACAGGGCGCUAACCAACACCAUCGAAGAAUUAAAGAAGGAAAAAGACGUCGCCAAUCGGAACAUGGUCGAAACCGAGCGAAUGUGUCGGGAUCUCGAGCAACUCUGUUUCGAUAACGAGAAAGACAUGAAAGCUCAAGCCGACAAGUAUGCUUGGAUAGAGAAAGAGUUCAAAGGUCAAGUGGACGCCUUGCGCCGUCGGGAGGAAGAGCUGACCGGUCAAGUGGAGGCGCUACGUCGCCAAAAAGACGAGGGUCAACUCAAAGCUGCAAAAAAACGAGAGGAACAGCUCAACAGUGAAAUUGAUGAGCUUCACCGUAAAGAAGAAGAGUUUAAGGGGCUUAUCAACGUCGCGCGACGCCGGGAGGAACAACUGAACGCUAAAGUCGAAGCAUAUUGUCGCCAAGAUGAGAUGUACCAGUUUCAACUCGACAGUUUCCAACGGGCCGAGGAUGAGUUGAAGGGGGAAGUGGGGGCCCUUCGUUGUCAAGAGGAGGAACUGCAAGAACAAAUCGAGUCCUUCCGCCGGCAAGAAGAUAAGCUCAGGACUCAAAUCGACGCCUACCGUCGCCAAGAACAGGAGAUGAAGGGCGAAAUUGAAUCCCUUCGUCGCAGUGAGGAAGAUCUGAAGAUGCAAAUCAAGACUUCAAGUUCAACCCCACGAAACGGGGACAAGGAGGCAGAGAAGAAAAAUGAAGACCUGACCGCCUGGGCUGAUCAACUCGAGAAGAGGGAAAAUGAUUUGUCUGCUUUGCAAGAAGAUUUGAUGAAUGCGGCAGCCGCCGUAGAAAAAGCCGUUCAAACUAGACUUGACCACGAAAAGAUGGAAGCUGAACUCGACCGGCGACAAAAAGAUAUCUCCGAACAAUGGAAUUGUCUCAAAGAAGAGGCCAAGUUUCUCGACAUUCGCACCCUCCAGGUCGAAGUUGGACUAAAGGAAAUUCUCCAAGCUAAGGAGAAACUAAACAAGCACGACUUUGCUUGCUGCCGACCCGACCAUGUCGCCACUCUGAUGAAGAACUCGGUGUGCCAACCCCUUCUGAACAGAAUCAUAGAAAUGUCCGCCAAUCAGAAGAACAACGUUGAAACAAUUACCCAACUGAAGAAACUCGUCGAAGAGAACGUUGGCAAAAUCCCGGCUGACACGGGAGCGAAACCAUUUCCUCUCAAAUCCCAAGACGUUGUUGACGACGCGGCGAAAGUUCGACAAGUUGUCGCCGCCGCCGCCAUCGUACCGCCACCAUUGAUGGCGACGAAGCAACAGCCAACUUUCAUUCCUCCGACUCCUCACGUUCCUCCAACCAUCCAGGACUCCACGAAGGAGAAAGUCCUCAACUAUUUGUCCAAAAAUGGGUCACUCAAUCGACCUGAAAAGCCAAAAGUAGCAGCAGCACCACCACCACAACCACGACCAGUAUCUGGCCGAGUAGAUGAGAAAAAGAAUCCCGUAUUUUUCAAGCCUCCACCACCACAUCUAUCCGGCCGAGUAGACGAGAAAAAGAGUUUCGUAGCUUUCAAGCCUCCACCACCACGACCAGGAUCAUCCGCUUUUAAUACGCCACAGGUUGCAGACGACGAGUGGGAGGAGUCUCGCAUCCCGGAAGUAGCGUCCGGUGGUAAACAGCAGCCCCACGGGAAACGAGCACCAGCUCAAACGCUCAAGUCUCAAUUGAACGAAGAGGAAUGGGACUGAUUUCUUUAAUUUUUCUGCUAGUUCAGUCUGCACCGAAAUAUUUAAUUUUUUUCAAAGUUUGCUUUUCAAUUUUGAUUUCCGGAUCACAAUUUUCUCACUCGUCAUAUUCAAAAGCAGCAUUUUAGCACGAUGUGUACGGAAAUAUUUAUUUUUUUCGAAUUUUUUCUUUUCAAUUCUGAUUUUUGAUUUACAAUUUCUGUUCUCUAAAGUGCAAGUUGUUCUCUGUUGUCAUAUCCAAAUCCAGCAUUUUAACUACUACUGUACGGAAAUAUUGAUCUUUUUCAAAUUUUUCGAAAAAUUCCGUACUUUGAUUUACAUUUUUCUCACUGUCGUCACAUUACAGUCCAGUAUUUUAAUUACUACUACAUACUUCAAGGUCUGUACAGAAAUAUUAAGAUUUUUUCAAAUUUUUCUUAUCAAUUCCGCUGAUUUUGUGAUUACAAUUUUGUCAUUGUCGCCAUAUUCAAAUAUCCAGUAUGUUCAUUUGUUUGUAUUAAUUAUUUGCUUAAUGUUGUUAAUUGUUUGAUUUGACUAAUUAAUUAUAGUUCGUUGUUCCCAUAAAAAAAUUGUUUAAACGAAUGCAUUGAUUGAUUACCUGUUACGUUAUAAAAUUGGAAAUUCUUCUUUUUACAUUUAUGCUUGUAAUUCACAAAUUUUUCAACUGUCGUCAUAUUCAAAUCCAGUAUUUUCCAUUGUUUGUAUUAAUUAGUCGCGAAAUGUUGUUGAUUGUUAAUUGUCUGUUUUGACUAAUUAAUUGUAGUUGAUUUGUGGUAUAAAAAUUGUUUAAAUUAAUACAUCGAUUGAUUACCUGUUACGUUAUAAAAUUGAAAAUUCUUCCGUCUUUUUUAACAUGUUUACCUUAAUUUUCGUAACCUCAUCACAUUCAAAUCCAGUAUUUUCAAUUGUUUGUAUUAUUAAUUAGUUCCGCACUGUUGUUAAUUGUUUGAUUUGACUAAUUAAUUAUAGUUCGUUGUACGCGUAAAAAAAUUGUUUAAAUGAAUGCAUUAAUUAAUUACCUGUUACGUUAUAAAAUUGAAAAUUCUUCCGUCUUUUUUAACAUGUUUACAUUAAUUUUCGCAAUUCACACUUUUCUCAACUGUCGUCAUAUUUAAAUCCAGUAUUUUCGUUUGUUUGUAUUAAUUAGAAAUGUUGUUAAUUGUUUGAUUUGACUAAUUAAUUGUAGUUCAUUGUUGGCAUAAAAAGACUGAUUAAAUUUUAAUUAACAUGUUUAAAUUACCUCUGUUACAUACGUUAUAAAUAUUUCCAUUUGUGUUAAUAAGUGCCGCAAUGUUGUUUGAUUCGAUGCAAAAUUAAUUGUAGUUGAGUUAAUUGUUUGGUGGUAUAAAAAUUGAUGAAAUGAAUACAUGGAUUGAUUACUUUUGUUACGUUAUAAAUUGAAAA